UACAGAGCUCAGUUCCUAAAAAUAGGUGCUAAGUUGCAUCCUUUAGAUGCAGGGCUGAAAUAAAUUCAGCCGUCCCAUCUACUCUCUUGAUAGACCCUUCAGUGGAGCUGGCCUCCACUCCACCGACUGCUUUCAGGGGACUGGGAAAUUUGCUGUACAAAGGAGGAAACUAGUCUGUGAAGAACUAUAAAGAUAUAUGACAUUUCCACGAACUUGGGGUUAAGUCUAAAUAUUACAAAAGUGACUGCUGGCCCUAGUAAGCCUGCGAGUGGAUUUGCAGAAGACAGUGCUGCGCAGAGAGAGGGUGUGUCAGACCUCCAGGAGGUGGUAUCCUUGAAGGAGCGGAUGGCGAGGUACCAGGCAGCUGUUUCCAAGGGUGACUGCCGCAGCUUCUCCACCAACAUGCUGGAAGAAUCAGAAAUGUGCACAGUGCCUGGAGGUUUGGCCAGAGUGAAGAAACAGUUUGAGAAGGACAAAAUUGCUUCUUCCUGUAAUACCUUUACUCAGUACCAAUACCAGCACCAGGACAGAUCUGAGCAGGAGGUAAUCCGUAGCAGCCAGGUCGACAUUGCAGGACACAGCCAGGAAAUGGAAAGAAAUGAACAAGAAACUUCCAAAGCACACAAAAUUGAUGUUCUUGGAACAGAAAUGGUCUCCCAUCUUGAAAAACACACUGUGGAAAUAAAUCAAGCUUCUCCACUCCAUCAAUAUGUUCAAGAAACAGUCAUAGAUACACCUGAGGAUGAAGAGAUUCCAAAGGUUUCAACUAAGUUUUUAAAAGAACAAUUUGAAAAGUCUGCCCAGGAAAAGGUCCUUUAUUCUGACAAAGAGACGACCCCAACCAAGCAGAUUAAGAUUGAAAAUGAAUAUGAAGAGACUUUAAAGCCAUCAUCAAUUGUGGGUACCUCUUCCACUUCUCCCACUUCAACCAGCCAGAGGAAGGAAACAUCAACCACAAGAUACAGUGACCACAGUGCCACUUCCUCGACUCUGGCACAAGUUAAUGCCACUUCUUCGGAAAAGGCAGAAGAAUUUCCUCCUCCCCCACCCGACAUACUUCAAACUCCAAUAGAUGUGACAGCAUUUUCCCAGUCCCCUGAACUCCCCAGCCCUCCUAGAAUACCACCAGUCCCCAAAGAAUUAUACUCCAAGCAAAGAAAUUUGUAUGAAUUAAACCGUUUAUAUAAACACAUCCAUCCUGAGUUAAGAAAAAACUUAGAAAAAGAUUAUAUCAGUGAGGUUUCUGAGAUUGUUUCUCGUCAAGUGAACCUGGGGAGCUCAGUUUCAGCAGAUGUGCAACAAGCCCGGUAUGUUUUUGAAAAUACGAAUGACAGUUCUCAAAAAGGUCUGAACUCGGAAAGAGAACACUUGGAGUGGGAUGAAAUUCUGAAGGGGGACGUGCAGUCCAUGAGAUGGAUCUUUGAGAAUCAGCCAUUAGAUUCCAUUAACAAUGACUCUCCAGAUGAAGAUAACAUCUCCAAGGGCAUUGCUGAUCGAGAAAUCAUUGCUGGUGGUGAUGUGAGAUAUACAACAUGGAUGUUUGAAACCCAACCCAUCGAUACUCUGGGGGAUCAUUCUUCUGGCACUGAAGAAAAUGCCGAGAAAAUUCCUGAGCUAGCCAGAGGAGAUGUCUGCACAGCGCGGUGGAUGUUUGAAACAAAGCCAUUAGACUCAAUGCAUAAAAUGCAUCAAAGUCAAGAAGAAUCAAUAGUAACUGCCAUAAAGGACAUAACUGGGGGGGAUGUCAAGACUGUGAGAUACAUGUUUGAAACUCAACAUCUGGAUCAACUUAGACACCUUCACUCAGUAGAUGAGGUGGACCUACUGCAACUCAGGUCUGAGCUCAAAGAAAUUAAGGGAAAUGUUAAGAGAAGUAUAAAAUGUUUUGAAACUCAACCAUUAUAUGUUAUUAGAGAUGGUUCAGGUCAAAUGCUAGAAAUUAAAACCGUUCACAGAGAAGAUGUUGAAAAGGGGGAUGUGAGAAGAGCACGUUGGAUGUUUGAAACACAGCCCUUAGACACAAUUAACAAGGAUAUAACAGAAAUUAAAGUCAUCAGAGGAAUAUCCAUGGAAGAAAAUGUCAAAGGUGGGGUGAGUAGGGCAAAGUGGUUAUUUGAAACUCAGCCUUUGGAGAAAAUCAAAGAAGAGUCAGAAGAGGUCAUCAUUGAAAAGGAAACAGUAAUAGGUACAGAUGUCUCUAGAAAGUGCUGGAUGUUUGAAACACAGCCAUUAGAUAUUCUAAAAGAAGUUCCUGACGCAGACCCUCUAAGGUCUGAAGAGAUAAUAGGGGGUGAUGUACAAGCUACUAAGCAUUUAUUUGAAACACUUCCAAUAAAGGCUUUAAAAGAUAGCCCUGAUGUUGGAAAACUUCAAAAAAUUACUACUUCUGAAGAAGAAAAGGGGGAUGUUAGGCACCAGAAAUGGAUUUUUGAAACCCAACCUCUGGAAGAGAUUAGAGAAGAUAAAAAAGAGUACAUACGAACAGUGAAACUUGAAGAAGUUGACAGAGGAGAUGUAAGGAAUUACACACGUAUCUUUGAAUCAAACAACUUAAUUAAAUUUGAGGCAUCGGAUAAAAUAGAGGUGGAAGGAGUCACAAGAGGUGCUGUGGAGUUAAAUAAAUCACUCUUUGAAACAACACCAUUGUAUGCCAUUCAAGAUCACCUUGGAAAAUAUCAUCAAGUAAAGACAGUCCAGCAAGAAGAAAUCCUAAGAGGGGAUGUAAGAAGCUGUAGGUGGCUUUUUGAAACAAGGCCCAUUGACCAGUUUGAUGAAAGCAUUCAUAAAUUUCAGAUAAUUAGAGGAAUAUCUGCUCAGGAAAUACAGACUGGGAACGUGAAAUCUGCUAAGUGGCUGUUUGAAACCCAACCUCUUGAGGCGAUUAAAUAUUUUAGUAAUAUGGAAGAAGUAGAAAGUAAAACUGAACAAGCUACAGAUAUUAUUAAAGGGGAUGUCAAAACCUGUAGAUGGCUUUUUGAAACCCAGCCAAUGGAGUCUCUUUAUGAAAAAGUUUCAUUAAUGACUGGCAGUGAAGAAAUUCAUAAGGGAGAUGUCAAAGCCUGUACUUGGCUCUUUGAAACUCAGUCACUUGAUUCCAUAAAAGAUGACUCCGAAGCAACAGUCAAAUUGCAAACUGUAAAACAGGAGGAAAUCCAUGGUGGGGAUGUUCGUACAGCAUGCUUUCUUUUUGAGACAGAAAAUUUGGACAGCAUAAAAGGAGAAGGAAAGGAAAUCAAGGCCGUGGAGAUGGACAUCCAAGCGGGGGAUGUCUCCAGCCUGCGGCAUAAAUUUGAAAGUCAGUCCUUAGAUUCUAUAAGUUCCAGUUCAGAGGAAGUUUUGAAAAAGAUCAAAACCCUAAAGACUGAAGAUAUUCAGAAAGGCAAUGUUUUAAAUUGCAGGUGGCUUUUUGAAAACCAACCAAUUGAUAUGAUAAAAGAAAGCCAAGAAGGUGAUAAAUUAGUUAAGACAGUGACAGACAUACAAGGGGGAGAUGUAAGAAAGGGGUGCUUUAUUUUUGAGACUUUUUCUUUAGAUGAGAUUAAAGAAGAAUCUGACUAUAUUAGCACCAAGAAAACAAUUACUGACGAAGCAAUAAAGGGUGAUGUAAAAAGCUACAGAAUGCUCUUUGAAACCCAGCCACUCUAUGCAAUUCAAGAUGGAGAGGGGUUUUAUCAUGAAGUGACAACAGUUAAAAAGGAAGAGGUAAUUCAUGGAGAUGUACGAGGGACAAGGUGGCUUUUUGAAACGAAACCAUUAGACUCCAUUAAUGACUCAGAGACUGUGUAUGUUAUUAAAUCUGUCACACAAGAAGACAUUCAGAAGGGAGAUGUUAGUUCUGUCAGAUACAGAUUUGAAACCCAGCCACUGGACCAGAUUGCAAAAGAACCACAUGAUAUUGUGCCCGCUGUAGACUACAUUCAAGGUGGGGUUGUAAAGACAAGUAAACAAUUCUUUGAGUCUGAAAAUUUGGAUGAGAAGACUUAUAUAAGAACAGUAAGUGUCAAUGAAAUACAAAAGGGCAAUGUUAAAACAUCUACUUGGCUAUUUGAGACCCACACUCUAGAUGAGCUGAGAGGAGAAGGGUCAGGAUAUGAAAAUAUCAAAACAGUCAGCCAGGAAGAUAUGCAGAAAGGUGAUGUGAAGCAGGCAGUAUGGCUUUUUGAAAACCAAACUUUAGAUUCUAUUAAGGAAGCAGAUGAAAGCAUCACAAAAAUCACCAAGGAAGAAAUCCCUCCUUCUGAUGUCAAGACAACUACAUGGCUCUUUGAAACUACACCCCUUCAUGAAUUUACUGAAAAUAGGGUAGAAAAGGUGGAAGUUAUUGGCAAGAGCAUUAAAGAAACCUUAGAAGAACUCUACUCUCAAAAAGUUAUUGAGGCUCCUGGAAUCAUCAUUGAAGCUGACGAAGUUGGGGAUGUUCGAAUGGCAAAAUACAAGCUCCUGAAUCAAGCCUCUCCUGAGAUACAGAAAGAAGAAAUCCUCAGGGCUGACCUCAGAAGUAUAAUGGUGAAGCUACUUUCCAAAAGAGACUGUAAGAAAAGAGAGAUUUUGGUUAGUGAAGAAGAGAAGGGAAACGUUAAUUUGACCAAAGCUCAAUUAUUAAACAGAUCAACAGAAUUUCAUGCUGAGAAAGAAGAGAUAGUGAGUGGUGAUGUCCAACAAGCAAUAAAAAACCUGUUCUCCGAGGAAGCAUCUGUAAAGAAAGGCAUUUUGAUUCAGGAAGAUGAAAGAGGAGAUGUUCACAUGACUAUCUAUUGUCUUCUUCAUGAAAAUGCUGGUGACACAAUUAAGCGUGAAGAAGUAAUAGGGGGUGAUGUAAAACGUACCAUUCAUAAUUUGCUAUCUUCCAUAUCAAACAAUAAAAUAUCUGAAAGGGCUAAAAUUGAUGCCUCUGAGAGGGGAAAUGUUCAGUUUUUUACAACAUGCAUAGAAACUGGAGCUUUGGAUUAUCUCAGACAGCUCCAGACAUGGUCAAAUGAAACACUAACAGCUAGGAAACAAGAAAAAGAGGAAGAUGUAAUUGGUGGCGAUAUAGAAGGUACAAAACUGUUAUUAAAGAAAAGGCAAUCUCAGGUUGAACGUACUGUUAAUGAAACUGACAUCAUCCCAGGAGAUGUGCAUAAUACAGUUAAGGUUUUUCUGACAGAGCCUCAGAGUACAUCUUGUAAGUUACCCAAAGAAGAAAUCAUAAAAGGCGAUUUGAAGUCAACCCUAAAUUCCCUGAGCCAGGCCAUAAGUCAGAAAACAGUGGCUAAAACAGAAGAAAUUAUAAAAGGUGACAUGCUGGCCACACUCAAGUCACUUAAGGAAUCAAGUCAAAAAUGGAAAGAAUCUAAACAGCCUGAUGUCAUCCCUGGGGAUACAGAGAAGGCUACUGAAUGCCUUGAAAAGACUGCGAACACAAGGAUGGAAAUCCUGAAAAAGGAGCUUAUCCGAGAUGACCUUGAAGCAUCAUUAAGGAACCUAAAAGAAGCACAAAGAGCUUUCAAAGAGGUAAAUAAAAGAAGUGUAAUCAAUGAAGAUGUGCAGUCUGUGAUGGUAGGAUCUGAGGAAGAGCAGAAAACCGAGAAUCAUCAGGUGGCUGAACAGAGCGACAAAAAAAGUGUUCUUCAGCCAAGACCAGGACCAUUUGAGCCGGCAGCCAGCUGGCAGGGGGGAACAGACAUUCUUAAUCAAACUAUAGGCAAAUCUCGGCAUGGGGAUUUAAGAGAAGAAAGAACUGAGGUUAAUCUUCCAAAAGCCCCCAAGGGCACCGUAAAGAUUGUCAUAGAUCGUGAACAAAACAAUGAUGCUCUUGAGAAAAACCUUAGAAGGCUAUCUAAUUCACACCACAAAGCUAUUAAAAAUGUGUUGGAAUCAGGAGACAGAAUGGGUAUCUGGACUGAUAACACAACAGAGCAACAUCUUAGAGAUGAACAUGUGAGUGGACUACUGACUUCAACUGUGUCAGUUAGGGAACAUCUAGAAACCAAGGAAUCAGAGACAGUGAGAGAACAGAAGGAUGCUGUCUUUACCCAAUCUAUUGACAAAACAAUUGGAAAGCAACAGACUGGAACUUGUGAAGUGAGGAAUGACCACCAGGAGAUUGAGGCUUUCCCUGACAAGAGUCCUAAAGAUGGCAAAAACACUAAAACAUCAACAGAUACACAAAGCUCUGAGCCCAGUUUAACCCAGGGUCCAGUCAACAAGAUGGCUGGAGAAACAUGUGAAGUUUCAGAGGACUUUCAGAAGCAGACUCUGUUAAAGCAAGAAAUGCAAUAUUCUAAUAAAGAUAUAAAGAAAAAGAACGUGACCCCUCAACCAGUGUGGCAGACUUUGCCUGUGGAUCAAGACAUGCCAAAUGUAACAGAAGUGAAAGUCGCCCAAAAAAGCCACAAUACAUUUAAGGCAACUGACAAAAAGCAGACUGAUAUUCAUCUGAAAAGCCAGGACUUUCUAAGGAAGACAAAUACUUCCAAAGACUUAAAAAUGGCAAUGGAAAUGUCCUUUAAUCCAAUCAACUGUAACCCUGAAAAUAAUGCAAAAGAAAGUGAGUUCCCUCUUCCACCUCCAUCUCCACCUCCUCCUCUACCUUCCAAUUCAUCAGCUGAAAUUGAAUUUCCUCUUCCUCCUCCACCUCCUUUCAUGAUGUUGCCUGAAAAAAAUGUGUUUCUUCCCUCACUGUCCACAGAGAAGAUAAAGGCUGAAUUUGAGAAUUUCCCAGGCCUCCCUCUUCCUCCACCACCAGAAGAUGAGAAGUUUGAAAGAGAAUGUCUAGCAAUGUUUCCACCACCUCCCCCUCCGCCAGCUCCAUCUCUAAAACCAGCACAUCUCCUUUCCUCUUCUGUUCAAGAAAAGCACAGUGGAGCAUUCAUACAAUAUUCCCAAGAAGAAGCCUCAAGCUCUCAGGCUAAAAUCAUAACAGGAAAAUCUGGAGGACGUUUGCCACCUCCCACACUCCCCAAACCCAAAUUUCCCAAGCAGAUAGAAGAUAAGAAGAAUCAUAGUUCCCCAAAAGUUGAAUUGGAAAAUUCACCGCCAAAUAUGGAAUGUAAAAUUACUCCCUCAAAGGAUCAGAAAAGAGUAAUAAUGGCAAGUAGCAGUGAACACAUAGAGACAAAGCAGAACGUAUCUAGAAAAAGUCUUGAUAAGAGAAAACAAUUAUCUAUGGACUCUACAAGGUCUCUCCCACAGACAGUUCCAGAAACUUCACCACCCAAGGAAAAACUGAUAGCACCUCUCGUAAAAUCUCAUUCAUUUCCAGCAGGUUCAGGACAGCAAAGUCCAAAACCUUAUAUGAGAAAAUUUAAGACGCCUUUAAUGAUUGCUGAAGAAAAAUACAGACAACAAAGAGAAGAACUUGAAAAACAGAAAAAACAGGAGAGUCCUUGCUACAAGCUAGUCAAAACAGAAAGCCAAAAUCAAAACAUAUCAGAGUUGAAAAAGGAAGUGCUGUUACAAAAAACAAAGGAGGAGGUCCCCCUAGCUGGAAUGGAUUCAGGGGUCACUGUGGCCCAAACCAACCCAGUCUCCCAAAGUCUUUCUCAAGUACUAGGAGUGUGUACCGAUAACCAGCUUUCCACAACACCAGCAGUGACAUUCACUGCCAAGAGGCUCCAACAUGUUCCAACAGCCUCAGAAGACAAAGAUACCGUGAAAAAGGAAGUUUUGCAGAGCUCAAGGGACAUGAUCCAAUCUAAAUCAGCUCGUGAAAUUAAACAGAGUCACCAAGAAUGUAGGACACAGCAAACACAACAGAAGAAGUAUCUGGAGCAGUUGCACUUGCCCCAAAGCAAACCAGUUUCCCCCAGUUUCAAAGUUAAAACCAUCAAGCUUCCAACUCUAGACCGUAAGUUAAAUGAAACAACCCACAGCUAUGAAAGCCAUGAAAAGCAAGCUGAAGUUGAUGUUCAAACCAUUACCAAACAACAGUACCAGGAAACCGAGAAAACAGAAGCAAGGACUGAAUGUAGCAAUAAGCAAUUGGUGGCUGAAAAAUAUUAUCAGUUACCUACGAAAGAGAAGACAGUAACAGUAAAACUGCCUACAGAAUCCACAGAGAAAAGCCAUGAAAGUAAGCUCAAUAUAUUUCAUGAGAAGCAAAAAGAAUUUAGAGAAUCUGAGAGUGGGAAACUUCCAGGAAGUGAAGAAACAAUUCCGGGGCCACCAAUGACUGGUCCAAAGAAAGAAAAACUAGUAGUUGAAAGAAAACAAGAACAUUUGAAUAAAUCAGCCCAGAAGGUAGUCAAACAAAAGGUUACUGAUGCACAUCUUGAUUCACAGACUCAGAAUUUUCACCAAACAUAUAUACAGACUUCUGAAAGUCAAGGUGAACAUAAAAAAUUGCCCCAGCCAUGUAAUAAUCUGCAGGAAGAAAAAUGUCUUGGCGUCAAGGGCAUACAACAGAAACAAGUCUUUUCUAACACUAAAGAUUCAAAGCAAGAGAUUACACAGGACAAAUCUUUAUUUUCCUCUGUGAGAGAAUCCCAGCAGGAUGAUGGAAAAUGUGCUGUAAAUAUAUUGGAAUUCUUGAGAAAACGUGAAGAACUACAACAGAUUUUGUCUAGGGUAAAAGAGUUUGAAGCAGAGCCCAAUAAAAAUGGCCUUAAAACCUUUCAGAUGCUCUUAAAUAUUAUCCCAGUAUGGCUAUUAAGUGAAGAAAAAAGAGAACACGGAGUUCGCAUUGCUAUGGAGAAUAACAUAGAAAAAAUCAAAGAAGAAAUAAUGCACAUUAAAACUCAGGCAGAGGAUAUGCUUGUGUCCUGUGAAAAUAUAAUCCAAACAGCCAGGAUAUCCUCUAAAGCAGGAAAGCAGAGAAAUAAAGCUACUGGUGUUAAUGAAACAUUAUCUAAAGUGUCUAAUGCUGAUGUCAGCUAUAAUAAAGACACUGAGCGGAAAGAAAAUACAAUUGUAGAAAAAACAGAGCACCGCCAAGUAGCAACUCAUCAAGAAGCAACUGCUCAGCAUCAUGUGAAAACCCAUCAGGAAAUUAAACUAGCUGAUGCCAAGGCUUCUGCUCCCUCUUUAAAAACACGCCCGCCAUCACCAACUUUCAUAACAAUCGAGUCUACUGCACGGCAAACAGAAACCUCUGCUAAGGAUGAGCUUUCCCAGUCCUCUGAAAAGGACAGUUUUGCUGAACCAUCACCAAGACCUGUGUCACAGCCACCUAGAAUUCUCAGAGCAAAGACCUCCCCGUCUCCACCCAAGAGUCACUCUGAACAGCUUGUCAAACUCAAAGACACCACUGCGAAGUUAUCGAGGGGGACCAUCCCAGGUUCAUCCAUAACCCCGGUUCCCAUUGUAGAGAAGAGGACUGAGAUCAUCACAUCUCCUGCAACACUUCGUCGUCAAAUUAAGAUAGAGGCUCGUGGUAGGGACCCUCCACCUACAAUCACAAUACCUAUAAGUGUAAAUCACGCUGAUAGUGGUUCCUUCAGAGAAUCCAUGGAAGCUCAAGAGGAAGAAAGGAAAGUAGGGGAAAGGGCGGCUUACGUUCACAAAGAUGGAGUAAAUUCCACUAAGCGCAUAGUGCCAGAUACUGUGAGUUUUGACGCAGUCGAAAUCAUCCGCAAAGUCGAAAAACCUCACCUAUCAGAGCACAUGCAGAGAUAUGAACCCGCCAACCGGACUGCUCAAAUGGCUGAAAAUGUCAUGAAUGACCAUGAAAAUGAAAUAAACAGAUGGUUCAGGGGAUUUGAGGAUGGCCUAGGUUUUGACGCAAAGUCAAGUAGAAGAGUUUAUGCAAAUGGAGAAGCAAACCAUAAUAUAAAACAAGAAAGUCGUACGUUUUGUAAGGAGGAAUUUGGAUUAACAUCUUUAGAAAGCGCUAGCUUUACCGGCUUUUCUCACAGUCAUCCUAGAGAGCUGCAAGAAACGAUGCCUGUUAAGCCGCCCAGCAUCUGCUCUGAAACAAGAUCUCUAAGUGAACUUUUCUCAGGUGUGGAUGCACUUGAGAGUCAAGCUGUUGGGUCGAAGAUGAUGGUCUCUUCAUCACAAGGCUCAGAAGCUGGAAGAUCCGGCUUUGACUUCAAGCACGCCCCACCAACCUAUGAGGAUGUCAUCGCUGGCCAUAUUUUAGAUGUUUCUGAUUCACCUACAGAACUCAGGAGGAAUUUUCAACAGACGUGGCAGGAGAGUGAAAGAGUUUUUAAAAACCUGGGACAUGCAACCUCAGAUGCUUCUGCAAAUGAGAUGAAAACCACCUUCCACGAGGAAUCUGCAUUUAUAAGUGAAACUGCAACUCCAAGACAAGGAAAUAUGUAUACUUUGUCAGAAGACGGUUUAUCCAAUGGAGUGCCUAGUAGCAGACAGGCAGAGUUUUCAUAAAUCCUGUUUCCGCUGCCACCAUUGCAACAGUAAACUGAGUUUGGGAAAUUAUGCAUCGCUUCAUGGACAAAUAUAUUGUAAACCUCACUUUAAACAACUUUUCAAAUCUAAAGGAAAUUAUGAUGAAGGUUUUGGACACAAACAGCAUAAAGAUCGAUGGAAUUGCAAAAAUCAAAGCAGCUCAGUUGACUUUACUCCCAAUGAAGAACCAAAUAUGUGUAAAAACAAUGCAGAAAAUACCCCCAUGCUUGGAGAGCUUAAUAAACAUUUAGAUGCUGGUAACAGUGAAGGGCAAAGGGAUGACUUGAGAAAAUGUGGGGAGAGGGGAAAAUUAAAAAUCAUUUGGCCCCCUUCCAGGGAGAUGCCUAAGAAAACCUUCCCCCUUGAGGAGGAGCUCAAAAUGAGUAAACCUAAAUGGCCACCAGAAAUGACAACCUCUACAUCUGCUGAAUUUAAAAGUGAGUCGCUGAUAGAACACAUGAAAACUGUGGAAAAUAAAGGGCAAGAACAAGAUAACAUUUCUUUCCUGCAACCAUGUCUGCAGCCCAUCCACAUGUGUCAGAAAGUGGAUGUUACAGGAAUCAAAGAAAUGGAAAUGUAUGAAGCAAGAAAAGAUGAGAAGAAGGAAGGAAGUAAGAAUGUGCAAGAUAAGCUGAAUGAGCCCAAAGAUACAAAGAAUAAGAGGAAAAGUGAAAUGGAUCUUCAUGACAACAGUAAUGUGGUUGUGCAGAGUGCUGAGAAGGAGAAAAAUGAAAAAACUAAUGAACCUGAUGGUACAGAAGUUUUACAGGUUACUAACACUGAUGAUGAGGUGGUGCCAGAAAAUCGUAAAGAGAAUUUGAAUAAGAAUAAUAAUAACAAUUAUGUAGCAGCGUCAUAUCUGAAUAAUUGCAGGCAGAAGACAUCUAUUUUAGAAUUUCCUAAUCUAUUGCCACUGUCAAGUGAAGCGCACUACACUGCAAAUGAAUAUCAAACUGAAAACUUAGAAAAUGCUUCUAGAAUCUCAGAGUUACGUGGUGUAUUUGAAUCUGAAAAGACUUACUCGGGGAAUGUACUGGCUAUGGCUCUUGAUAAACAGACUGACAGAGCUACUGCUGGCAGUCCUAUGCAGUCUGUCCCUAAGUCAGGCCUCAACGACAGGAUCACAGUAAAGGGGAAAAGGUCAAUGCCCUCUUCUGAUACAAAUAUCUUAAAUAUCAAAGGAAACCACUCAAAUAACAAAAACCUACAGUUCUUCUUUUCUAACACUGUGAAAAUUGCUGCUUUUUCCACAAAGAAUGAGAACAUUUUUAAGAGUAAUUUAAUAGAUUCUGUAGAUCAAAUUAAAAACAUGCCAUGUUUGUAUCUAAGAGAAUUGGAGAAGGGCAUCAGACAUCGGCAUGGUGAAACAAUAGGAGCAGCACAUAUUAAUGGAAACACAAGUUUUGAUGCUUCAAGCAGUGAAUUUACAACUGAGCCUCCAUUUCCCACGGUGGAGGUCCAGUUUGAACAACUCACGGUGGAAGAGCAAAUUAAAAGGAACAGGUGCUACAGUGACACUGAGUGAAACAUCUCUGGCCACUUGCAGUCUGCACUCAGGCAUCGAGAAAUAUCAAUGCCCUGAAAUAGGACUUUGGGGAUUCUGAUAACCUUUUGUUGAACUUGUAAACGUUCAGAAAUCUCAUGUCUAUCACAAUGGAAUAUUCCUUGUAUUACACUAUACGUUGUUUUUCAUAAUUGGUUUGAAUCUGAAUGGAACGAAGAGAUGAAACAACAUGGCUCUGUUUUCCUGUCAAACGGCACUUUGAUAACAUCACUGGUGACAUUCUAUACUGCUGACAUUUAUCACUGUUCUUAAACUUCCUCUAUAAUUUCUGCUGAAAUAAAAUUAAACCACCUGGGGUGCAAACCAAAA